UGGCUCCGGAGGUUGGUGGGCACAGAAGCAUCUCUGCCCUCUGGACUCAGCUUCCAGCCCUCUGCAGGCGCCGUGCUGCUCUGCUCAGCAGUGUAAAUCCUUUUUCAGAGUGGGGUGGCUUGAAAAACGUUCAAAACUUAGUUUCUACCUGCUGUUAAAUAAGCUUCAUGCUUGGGUAUAGUUUACAACAACAAAAGCCAUCUUAAAGGAAUAGUUGUCAUGAAAACUUAUAAGAUCUAAUGUUUUCAUAUGUGUGUUUCUUUGUCAAGCCAGAUUUGUUUCUUGAUGGCUGGAGAGUUGUGGAGAAGUGAUGAGUUUUGCUCUCCCUCAGGCCAAAACAAGUCCAUCUAUGAAUUUGCACUGUGGAGUUUUCAUUGCUCGUAGCAUUAGGCAUACAACGAGCAUGAUUUGGAUAUUAAAUGCCUUAAUGUCUGCAGAGCUGAGGAGUUAGGAACAUGCUAUGUAGCUCUGGCUGCUGAUGGGAGGUAGUUCCUUCAGGAGGGAGGAGUGUGGCUCAGAUUCUGCAAGAUAAAACUGUGAUUUAACCCAUGUUUGUGUAAUUGAGCAGGCGGACGGUGCGUGACAUUACAUGUUCUUCAUUACAUGUUCUUUAAUCCCUGCAAAAUGGAAUUCUCAGGAUGUAACCUGCUGUAGUGUACGGUUUCUUUUAGUGUACAUGUGCAAGGCAGCCCAUCUGACAACAGUUGCUACCUGCAGAAAUAAGCCCAGGGCAUGCAGGGAGACAGACAGUUAUUUUAUAGUGACUUGUUCCGUGUUAUUUACACACAUGGAAUGCCUGUAAAGGGUUGUGGUGCACAAGCAGUGUGGCCGUGCUUUGCUGGGGUAAGGAGCUGCAUUCCAGCCAGGCUUCAGGAGGCCAGUGCAACACAGUAUGCUUUGAUGGAACACUGGUGUUCUGUUUGCAGCAGGGAGAGCAGGAGGCAUCUGCAGAGACAUCUCUAAGAAGUUAUACGCUUUAAUUGCCCCCUGAGAACAUUACGAUUAAGUAAAACGUGGAUAAUGAAUAUCAACGUACUGAAAACAAGCUGAGCUUCUGUCCAGUUUGAUGCCAGUUUGAGUUCACAGCUGGUCACAAGGCUUCAGCAGAGCUCACGGCUUUGGGACGCACCUACAGGGGUCAGAAAUGCAUCAUUCAUUUUGGAAGUGGAUAACUGCUCAGAUUGCAAGAAUAACAAGAGUGCUGAGAGCUCAAUUUGGAGGAGCCAUGGAAGAGUCUUCCCAACCUGCUAAACCCCUGGAGAUGAACCCUCACUCUCGCUUUAUUAUUGGUUCUGUGUCAGAGGAUAACUCAGAAGAUGAGACAAGUUCCUUGGUGAAACUUGACCUGCUGGAGGAGAAGGAGAGGUCUCUGUCCCCUGUUUCUGUCUGCUCGGAUUCCCUUUCAGACUUGGGACUUCCUAGUGCUCAAGAUGGCCUGGCAAACCAUAUGAGGCCCAGCAUGUCUGGUUUGCACCUUGUAAAGCAAGGCCGGGACAGGAAGAAAGUUGAUGUGCAGCGGGAUUUCACUGUGGCUUCUCCAGCAGAAUUUGUGACUCGCUUUGGAGGGAACAGAGUUAUUGAAAAGGUACUGAUAGCCAACAAUGGGAUUGCGGCAGUGAAAUGCAUGAGGUCGAUCCGGCGCUGGUCCUAUGAGAUGUUCCGAAACGAGCGGGCAAUCAGAUUUGUUGUCAUGGUGACUCCUGAGGACCUGAAAGCAAACGCAGAAUACAUUAAAAUGGCAGAUCACUAUGUGCCAGUUCCAGGAGGACCAAACAACAACAACUAUGCAAAUGUGGAACUCAUUCUUGAUAUUGCUAAACGCAUUCCAGUGCAGGCUGUUUGGGCUGGCUGGGGCCAUGCCUCUGAGAACCCAAAGCUGCCAGAACUUCUCCACAAAAAUGGGAUUGCUUUCAUGGGUCCUCCAAGCCAAGCAAUGUGGGCUUUAGGAGAUAAAAUUGCAUCGUCCAUAGUGGCUCAGACUGCUGGCAUCCCAACUCUUCCUUGGAGUGGCAGUGGUCUUCGAGUGGAUUGGCAGGAGAACGAUCUUCAGAAGCGUAUCCUGAAUGUUCCUCAGGAACUGUAUGAAAAAGGCUACGUGAAAGAUGCAGAUGAUGGCCUGCGGGCUGCUGAGGAAGUUGGCUACCCUGUCAUGAUCAAGGCCUCAGAAGGAGGAGGAGGGAAAGGAAUUAGGAAAGUUAAUAAUGCAGAUGACUUCCCCAACCUAUUUAGACAGGUUCAGGCUGAAGUCCCAGGCUCUCCGAUCUUCGUAAUGAGGUUAGCCAAACAGUCCCGCCACUUGGAGGUGCAGAUCUUGGCAGACCAGUAUGGCAAUGCCAUCUCUCUCUUUGGUCGGGAUUGCUCCGUGCAGCGCAGGCACCAGAAGAUUAUUGAAGAAGCACCUGCUUCUAUAGCAACUUCAGUGGUGUUUGAGCAUAUGGAACAGUGUGCAGUGAAGCUUGCAAAAAUGGUGGGGUAUGUGAGUGCGGGCACUGUGGAAUACCUGUACAGCCAGGAUGGCAGCUUCUACUUUCUGGAGUUGAAUCCCCGUCUGCAAGUGGAGCACCCCUGCACCGAGAUGGUAGCUGAUGUUAAUCUUCCUGCAGCACAGCUCCAGAUUGCCAUGGGGAUUCCACUCCACCGGAUCAAGGAUAUCCGAGUGAUGUAUGGUGUUUCCCCAUGGGGAGAUGGAUCUAUAGAUUUUGAGAAUUCAGCCCAUGUCCCCUGUCCACGUGGCCAUGUUAUUGCUGCACGUAUCACCAGUGAGAAUCCUGAUGAGGGAUUUAAGCCCAGUUCUGGUACAGUCCAGGAACUGAAUUUCCGCAGCAAUAAGAAUGUCUGGGGCUAUUUCAGUGUUGCUGCUGCAGGAGGACUUCAUGAAUUUGCUGAUUCUCAGUUUGGUCAUUGCUUCUCCUGGGGAGAGAAUCGUGAAGAAGCCAUCUCAAACAUGGUGGUGGCUUUGAAGGAGCUGUCCAUCCGAGGGGAUUUCCGAACCACUGUUGAAUACUUGAUAAAACUGUUGGAAACAGAAAGCUUCCAGCAGAACCGCAUUGACACUGGCUGGUUGGAUCGGCUUAUUGCUGAGAAAGUGCAGGCUGAAAGGCCUGACACCAUGCUAGGAGUGGUAUGUGGAGCUCUUCAUGUGGCUGAUGUGAGCUUUCGAAACAGCGUCUCGAACUUCCUGCAUUCUCUAGAAAGGGGCCAAGUCCUGCCUGCCCAUACUUUGCUAAACACUGUGGAUGUGGAACUCAUCUAUGAAGGACGGAAGUAUGUGUUGAAGGUGACUCGACAGUCUCCCAAUUCCUACGUGGUCAUCAUGAACAGCUCUUGUGUGGAAGUUGAUGUGCACCGACUGAGCGACGGAGGGCUGCUCCUUUCUUACGAUGGUAGCAGCUACACCACCUACAUGAAAGAAGAAGUGGACAGGUAUCGCAUCACUAUAGGUAACAAGACCUGUGUGUUUGAAAAGGAAAAUGAUCCUUCCAUUUUGCGCUCACCUUCGGCUGGGAAGCUUAUCCAGUAUGUGGUGGAGGACGGAGGACACGUAUUUGCAGGCCAAUGCUUUGCAGAAAUAGAGGUGAUGAAAAUGGUGAUGACACUAACAGCAGGAGAAUCAGGCUGCAUCCAUUAUGUCAAACGCCCCGGGGCAGUGCUGGAUCCAGGCUGUGUGAUUGCCAAACUCCAGCUGGAUGAUCCCAGCAGGGUUCAGCAGGCUGAACUUCACACGGGCACCUUGCCACAGAUCCAGAGCACAGCACUUCGAGGCGAGAAACUCCAUCGCAUCUUCCAUUAUGUCCUGGAUAACCUGGUCAACGUGAUGAAUGGGUACUGCCUGCCCGAGCCCUACUUCAGCAGCAAGGUGAAGGGCUGGGUUGAGCGACUAAUGAAGACAUUGAGAGAUCCAUCUUUGCCUCUGCUGGAACUUCAGGACAUCAUGACCAGUGUUUCUGGACGGAUCCCACCCAACGUGGAGAAGUCCAUCAAGAAGGAGAUGGCCCAAUAUGCCAGCAACAUCACAUCAGUCCUUUGCCAGUUUCCUAGCCAGCAGAUUGCCAAUAUCUUGGAUAGCCAUGCAGCCACCUUGAACCGCAAAUCAGAGCGUGAGGUCUUUUUCAUGAACACUCAGAGUAUUGUGCAGCUUGUACAGAGGUACCGGAGUGGUAUCCGGGGUCACAUGAAAGCAGUUGUAAUGGAUUUGCUCCGUCAGUAUCUGAAGGUGGAGACUCAGUUUCAGCAUGGUCACUACGACAAGUGUGUCUUUGCCCUUCGGGAAGAGAAUAAAAGCGACAUGAAUGCUGUAUUGAACUACAUCUUCUCACAUGCUCAGGUCACCAAGAAGAACCUGCUUGUCACAAUGCUCAUUGACCAGCUCUGUGGCCGUGACCCCACCCUGACAGAUGAGCUGAUCAAUAUUCUGACGGAGCUGACCCAGCUCAGCAAGACAACCAACGCCAAAGUGGCACUGCGGGCACGGCAGGUUCUCAUUGCCUCUCACCUGCCCUCCUAUGAGCUGAGGCACAACCAGGUGGAGUCCAUCUUCCUCUCUGCUAUCGAUAUGUACGGACAUGAGUUCUGCCCUGAAAACCUGCAGAAACUCAUUUUGUCAGAGACGUCCAUCUUUGAUGUGCUCCCUUUCUUCUUCUACCAUGACAACCAGGUUGUGCGCAUGGCAGCUUUAGAGGUGUACGUUCGAAGGGCGUACAUUGCCUACGAGCUGAACAGCGUCCAGCACCGCCAGCUGAAGGACAACACCUGCGUGGUGGAGUUCCAGUUCAUGCUGCCCACCUCCCACCCAAACAGAGGGAACAUCCCCACGCUAAACAGAAUGUCCUUCUCUUCCAACCUCAAUCACUACGGGAUGGUCCACGUAGCCAGUGUGAGUGAUGUGCUGCUGGACAACUCGUUCACUCCCCCGUGCCAGCGGAUGGGUGGAAUGGUCUCUUUCCGAACAUUUGAAGAUUUUGUCAGAAUCUUUGAUGAAGUGAUGAGUUGUUUCUGCGACUCUCCUCCCCAGAGCCCAACCUUCCCUGAAGCUGGCCAUGCUUCCCUUUAUGAUGAAGACAAGGCCGCCCGUGAGGAGCCCAUUCACAUUCUUAAUGUCGCUAUUAAAACUGAUGGGGACGUUGAUGAUGAUGGGUUGGCAGCCAUGUUCAGAGAGUUCACACAAAGCAAGAAAUCAGUCCUGAUUGAGCACGGCAUCCGGAGGCUGACAUUCCUUGUGGCACAGAAGGACUUCAGGAAACAGGUCAACUGUGAGGUGGAUCAGAGAUUUCAUAGGGAAUUUCCAAAGUUCUUCACGUUCCGUGCCAGGGAUAAGUUUGAAGAAGACAGGAUCUACCGCCAUCUGGAGCCAGCUCUGGCUUUCCAGCUGGAGCUGAGCCGCAUGCGAAACUUCGACCUGACAGCCAUCCCCUGUGCCAACCACAAAAUGCAUCUCUACCUGGGAGCAGCUAAAGUUGAAGUAGGAACAGAAGUGACAGACUACAGGUUCUUUGUGAGGGCCAUUAUAAGGCAUUCGGACCUAGUUACCAAGGAAGCCUCCUUUGAGUAUCUGCAAAACGAGGGAGAGCGAUUGCUUUUGGAAGCCAUGGAUGAGUUGGAGGUGGCAUUUAAUAACACCAGCGUGCGCACCGACUGCAACCACAUCUUCUUAAAUUUUGUGCCUACUGUCAUCAUGGACCCGUCUAAGAUUGAAGAAUCCGUGCGGAGCAUGGUGAUGCGCUACGGGAGUCGCCUGUGGAAGCUCCGUGUCCUCCAGGCCGAGCUGAAGAUCAACAUUCGGUUGACACCGACAGGGAAGGCCAUCCCCAUUCGUCUCUUCCUGACCAACGAGUCGGGCUACUACCUGGACAUCAGCCUGUACAAAGAGGUGACGGAUUCCAGGACAGGGCAGAUUAUGUUCCAGGCUUAUGGGGAUAAACAGGGACCACUUCACGGGAUGCUGAUAAAUACCCCAUACGUGACCAAGGACCUUCUUCAGUCCAAGAGAUUCCAGGCACAGUCUUUAGGGACGUCCUAUGUCUAUGACAUUCCCGAGAUGUUUCGGCAGUCUUUAAUUAAACUCUGGGAUUCCAUGAAUGAACAUGCAUUCCUGCCAACACCGCCGCUGCCGUCUGACAUACUGACGUACACUGAAUUGGUGUUGGAUGAUCAGGGCCAGCUCGUGCACAUGAACAGGCUGCCAGGAGGAAACGAGAUUGGGAUGGUAGCCUGGAAAAUGACCCUCAAGACCCCAGAGUAUCCUGAAGGCCGUGAUAUCAUCGUCAUUGGCAAUGACAUUACGUACCGGAUAGGUUCUUUUGGGCCUCAGGAGGACGUGCUGUUCCUGAGGGCUUCAGAGCUUGCUCGAACUCACGGCAUCCCUCGCAUCUACGUGGCUGCCAACAGUGGAGCCAGGAUUGGUUUGGCUGAGGAGAUCCGGCACAUGUUCCAUGUUGCAUGGGAAGACCCAGAUGACCCAUACAAAGGAUACAAGUACUUGUACCUGACACCUCAAGACUAUAAGAAAGUCAGUGCUCUGAACUCAGUUCACUGUGAACAUGUGGAGGACAACGGAGAGUCCAGGUAUAAGAUAACAGAUAUUAUCGGAAAGGAAGACGGACUUGGAAUAGAGAACCUCAGAGGAUCUGGCAUGAUUGCUGGAGAAUCGUCUUUAGCCUAUGAGAGUAUUAUCACCAUCAACUUGGUUACAUGUCGGGCAAUUGGAAUUGGAGCUUACCUUGUUCGGCUAGGGCAGAGGACUCUCCAGGUUGAGAACUCUCACAUAAUCCUGACUGGCUGUGGAGCCCUCAACAAGGUGCUGGGACGGGAGGUAUACACCUCCAACAACCAGCUGGGAGGGAUCCAGAUCAUGCACAACAAUGGGGUGACCCACGGCACCGUGUGCGACGAUUUUGAAGGAGUCUACACUAUUCUGCUGUGGCUUUCCUACAUGCCCAAGAGCGUAUACAGCCCUGUUCCUAUCCUCAAGGUCAAGGAUCCUAUAGACAGAACCAUAGACUUUGUUCCUACCAAGACUCCCUAUGAUCCUCGCUGGAUGCUGGCUGGACGCCCAAAUCCAAGUCAAAAAGGACAAUGGCAGAGUGGUUUCUUUGACAAUGGCUCAUUCCUGGAGAUCAUGCAGCCCUGGGCACAGACGGUUGUGGUUGGCAGAGCAAGGCUGGGAGGAAUACCUGUAGGAGUAGUUGCCGUAGAAACCAGAACAGUGGAGCUGAGCAUCCCUGCUGAUCCCGCAAACCUGGACUCGGAGGCCAAGAUAAUCCAGCAGGCUGGUCAGGUGUGGUUCCCCGACUCUGCCUUUAAGACAGCCCAGGCCAUCAAUGACUUCAACAGGGAGGGGCUGCCUCUGAUGGUCUUUGCCAACUGGAGAGGCUUCUCUGGUGGCAUGAAAGACAUGUACGACCAGGUGCUGAAGUUUGGUGCCUACAUCGUGGAUGGCCUGAGGGAGUACCGGCAGCCUGUGCUCAUCUACAUCCCACCACAGGCAGAGCUCAGGGGUGGAUCCUGGGCUGUCAUUGACCCCACCAUCAACCCCCGGCACAUGGAGAUGUAUGCGGACCGUGAGAGCAGAGGAGGAAUCCUGGAGCCAGAGGGGACGGUGGAAAUCAAGUUCCGCAGGAAGGACCUGGUGAAGACAAUGAGGCGAGUGGACCCCGUCUACAUGCGGCUGGCGGAGCGGCUGGGUACCCCUGAGCUGAGCGCUGCCGACCGAAAAGACCUGGAGAGCAAACUGAAGGAGCGGGAGGAGUUCCUGAUUCCCAUUUACCACCAGGUGGCCAUGCAGUUUGCUGACCUGCACGACACACCGGGCCGCAUGCAGGAGAAGGGUGCCAUCACGGACAUUCUGGACUGGAAAACAUCCCGUACCUUCUUCUACUGGAGGCUGAGACGUCUUCUUCUGGAAGAUGUGGUCAAAAAGAAGAUCCAUGAUGCCAACCCUGAGCUGACCGACGGGCAGAUCCAGGCCAUGCUGAGACGCUGGUUUGUGGAAGUGGAAGGGACAGUAAAGGCGUACCUGUGGGACAGCAAUAAGGACCUGGUGGAGUGGCUGGAGAAGCAGCUGAUGGAGGAGGAAGGAGUUCGCUCGGUUGUGGAGGAGAACAUCAAGUACAUCUCCAGGGACUAUAUCCUGAAGCAGAUCCGCAGCCUGGUCCAGGCCAACCCGGAGGUUGCCAUGGAUUCGAUCGUGCACAUGACCCAGCAUAUAUCACCCACCCAGCGAGCGGAGAUCGUGCGGAUCCUCUCCACAAUGGACUCGCCUUCUUCAACGUAAGAGCAUCGAUUUCCUGCACUGCCCCCUGCUCGGUACAGUGGAAGGGAAAAAAAAAAGAAAAAAAAAAAAACCAACAAAAAAAAAA